CUCAACUUGGGCCUUGCCAUGCUCCCGCUUGCUUCUUUCCCUGUUCAAUUGGCCUUAGCGCCGACGAAGAUGGGAUCUGUAAGCAAUGGAAGCAGAGGACAUGACCAGGUGAAGAGAAAUGACAUCGGCUCAGCCUUGACUGCUGGGCUUGUGGCCACUGUGGGGCAAUGGUUGAAGAGACGGGGCAGAUGCCAUGCAUCUUUGCAAGAGAGUGUGGCUCGUCCCCGUCGAAGGCGCAAGCGCUUGCGCGAUUUGAAAGUGGGACAAGAACUUCGAGGGACAGUGAAAGCUAUGUUGGCUUCACAUGCGUUGGUGGAUGUGGGAGCAGAGUUUGAUGCAGUCUUGCAUGCCAGUAAGAUGGCACGGGGCAACAAACGCCCCGGUGACGUUGUUUCUGAAGGAAUGGAGAUCCGAGUGUGGGUCAGCGGAAUGAGAUCAGAAGGUUAUGGUACAGCAGAAGGAAGUACCUGGAAAAUCGAUGCCAAGCUCGAAGUGACGAUGCUGGAUCCAAAGGAGCUCUCAGCCGAUGUCUCGGAGUUCAUCGCCUUGCCCUCCGAUGCACUGCUGGCCGCGCAAGUUUCACGCAUCGAAGACUAUGGCAUUUUUCUGCUGGUUUCUCCGCCAAGUGGUGGAGCCCCGGUGCAAGGCUUUGUGCACGUCUCCGAGAUGAAAGAAGGUUUUGUAAACCAUCCAGAAGAUGAGGUGGAAAUGGGGCAGGAAUUGACAGUGCGAUUGCUGCGAGUCGAUCGCAAGUUUGGAAGGCUGCGGCUUUCCAUGAAACUUCCUGAAGUUGAAGGCUACUGAAAGUUUGAAUCGUUGGAUGCUGCUUGUAGAUAGGCUCAGUUUGCUGCAGCAACCAUCUCACGACGAAGAUGAAACCCAAAGAAGGUUUGAUUGAGAAACUAUGGAGAAAGCAA